AUGUGGUUAGAUCAUUGUUCUCUGUUCCUCGAGGAAAUGUUGCGCCUUGAGGGCAGAGGGGGGCUCCGCAAAGCGCCUUGUUCUAGUUGUGGCAAUGCUUGCCCUCAGUAUCAAUGCCAAGAUUGCUUCGGAGUAGAUCUCCGCUGUUCGUCUUGCAUCACGGUGGCUCAUCAACGUCAUCCAUUGCACAGGUUGCAGAAAUGGAACGGCAACUAUUUCGAACGUGUGACCCUCAAGAGCCUCGGCCUCCGUAUUCAAUUGGGUCACGCGCUCAACGAGAAGUGCCCAAACCCCCGACAAGCUUUCAACGACAACUUCGUUGUCAUCGAUUCCUAUGGCAUCCACGAGGUGUUAGUAGAUUUCUGUGCCUGUGCGAAGGGAGAUUCCCAUAUACAGCAAUUACUCCGUAUGUCGUGGUUUCCUUCAACGACGGCCGACCCCAAAACCGCAGCAACCUUUCGCGUUCUGGAUGAAUUCCACUUGCUGUCUUUCGAGUCGAAGGUGUCCGCUUACGAAUUUUAUAGUGCUCUUAUGCGGGGCACUGAUAACACUGGCUUGACGCGCGUUAAGGACCGAUAUGAAUCUUUUAUGAGAAUGAUCCGCGAAUGGCGGCAUCUGCUGAUGCUUAAACAUUUUGGGAGAGGGCAUGACCCGAAAGGGGUGAAAGCCACGGGAGAGGGUGAGUGUGCGGUCUUGUGCCCAGCAUGCCCGCACCCGGGUAAAAAUUUGCCCGAGGACUGGGAGAAUGUUCCCCUUGCAAAACGUUGGAUAUACGCGUUAUUCAUCGCUAUCGAUGCAAACUUUCGUCUCAAACGCAAAGUGGUGUCAACUAAUACCGCGGACCCGGGAUUAAGUCGCGGCUGGGCGUACUUUGUAGAGGAGGAUACAUACAAGCAAUUUCUCGAAGAUAAAAUGGACGUCCCCCAAGAGAAAUCUACGUGCUCCAGCCACAACGCGGUAAAUAUGGCUGAUGCGAAGACUAAUAGGGGGCUAGCUGCUACCGGGCUUGGCACGAUCGACUGUGCCCAUCACAACAUGAAGCGUCCGAAUGCCGUUGGAGAUUCGCAAAAGGGAGAGAACUCCUUACAAAAUCUCAACAUUUCGUACGACAUUGCCUGUCAAUGGCACAAGAAGCUCUGGCAACGUAUGAAGGGGUUUCCGCUUUCAAUGCACUUCAAUUUCGUAUCGAGGGCCGUCUCCUUCUUCGUCCCGAAAUUCCAUCUCCCUGCCCACAUUGAGAAAUGUCAAACAACAUUCUCAUUCAAUUUCAAGCGUGGUGUUGGUCGAACCGAUGGCGAAGCUCCGGAGCGCGGGUGGGCUAACAUUAAUCCCGUCGCAUCCAGUACGAAGGAGAUGGGGCCCGGCGCAAGGCGUGAUACAUUGGACGAUUUCUUUGGCGAUUCGAACUGGAAGAAAAUUGUGGGCCUUGGUACUACAAUGCUACGUAAAAUGAAGGAGGCCUUACCUGAGCGCGCGAAUCAGCAAGCUGCACUAAACGACUUGGAAGAAGGAUUAAAGGAUGAGUACGGGGAUAUUCUGAAUCAAUGGAGGUUGCAAGUAGAGGCAUGGGAGGAUGACCAGUCUCAGCCAAACCCUUUUGAGCGAAAUGCAGAUGUCAUUACGCUGGCUUCGGUCCGGCUAGCACUCGCAAAGGAAGAAGAAUCAGAUCUUCAGAGUGGAGCAUCCCUCGCAUUGCACGAGGACUGUUCUCCGAGUGUGUUGAUUAGCUCAGGGCUGGAGCUUGAAGAACAACAGCGACGUUUGAGAGUCGACAAGAGCGGGUGUGGUAUACACGUCACUGAUAAUCAACAAGGGAAGUUGCUUGAGCGGAGUAACACUUUGCAACGACGGAUUGAUGCCUGGUCAAAAAUUCAAGAAUUGUAUAUGCCCAACGUCGUUGCUAUGCGUCUCUUGGACAAAUCAAGCUCUGCCAACGCCACGUCCGUCCCUGCUGCAGAAACAUUCAAUCUGCGGUUGCCAUCACAGAUCGGCAGGCUGGCGCCUUGUGACGAACGACUCCAGAGGACAGAAUGGAGAUUGAGAUACGCACAAGGCCAUGAUGCCCUCCGCUCCUUACGCUCCAACCUUCGUGCACAGACUGCCGUACUCAGGUACAAGGACCGCAACCUUCGAGGGCAAGGAGCCAAUACUCGAGCACGUAGCACGCUUAAGACGAUCGACGUGAGAAUCGAUGCUGCUGCCAGCAAAUACGAAGGCGCACACAAGGCCCUGGUGAUCCUGGGCGGACUCCUGAACGAGUCUGGCUGGCAGUCAUCACUGCGUCCUUUAAAUCGUCAGGAUAUUCGUUCUAUGUCUGACCUGCUCUGGGGUGAAUCGGAGGGCAGACGAAAAUUGUCGUGGAUAUGGAAUAUGCGUGGCGCUGCGGGAAGUGAGAAGGACGAUAACGGUGCUCUAGAAGAUAUGAGGAUAGAGUGGUGUAAGGCAAGGGCACGCGCAAUGCACUGGGGGGAAGAAGUACAACUCCUGCAGGAAGAAAUGCGGCGUAUAUUAGCUUUUCUAAGGCAAGACGACGCUACACUAACCAAUGCAGAACACGAGGAUGGCUGUGUGGCGUAUGCGAAACGGCAGGCUGACUUGCGCCGACAUCUAGCGUCAUCGUUUGAGGCACGCUGGGCGGAGACACUGGCCUUGGUAGACGGAUGCACCAGGACCCAGUAUUGUAGGGGAGAGUGA